AUGCCAGGACAAAGGAUAGCCACUUCCCUAAAUAAAAGAUGCAAAGUGCUCCUUGGCCGUUACACCAAUGAUCUUCAUCGAAUGAUUUUGUUUAGCGAUGAGAACAUUUUUACAAUUGAAGAAAUCGCCAAAAUGACCGUGUGUACUCACAGAAGCCCAGGAAGUCAAUACAGUGGAAAGAGCUUUGGUCCUAAAUGGAGAGGAUUGAAUCCCAAAGAGCACACCCUGACUUGGAAAGCCUCAAACAAUCUCUGGCCCGAGCAGUUGACCGCUUACCUCAAGAAGUGCUGUGUCCUCUUGAUGAAUGGUGACGGAGAUUAA